AUGGGUUCCAGCGGUAGAACCACCAAACUUCCCCUCGUGCCCUUGGCCAAAGGCACUGUUUUGCUUCCCGGUGUGCAGCUUCGGAUUCCCGUGUCAAAUCGCCCCGACUUGACCAAUCUGUUGUCGUCGCUAGUGGACAAACCAUCUAAACGCGAGAACAACCAGAUUACCUUUGGAUGCAUCCCCUUCAACUCGCCAUUCUUGAGCCGCGACGGUCUGCAACUCAUCGAGGGUGAUGAUUCAGAUGAGGCUCAGAAGGAAGAAUACGAUGCAAUCGAUGCGGGUCAAGCCCGCAAGGAAGAUAUCUUUUCGUAUGGUACCGUGGCCAAGGUUAUUGGUGUUCAGCGCCGUGCCUACUCCGAGCCGUUCCUGCUUGUCCAAGGAACCCAAAGAUUUACGGUCAAGAAAUUCUUGCGGGAUCGGCCAUACUUUGAAGCGGAGGUUACUCUCCAUGACGAGAAUACCACAUCCAUCCACGGUGACUUGGAAGCUGCCGAAUUAUUCCAACAGUUGAGACAACUCUCCCGUGAGCUUCUCACUCUAUUGCGUUUGUCCUCGCUACUAUCGGCCGCCUCAACCCGCCUGUCGCCACUUGUGGCACGCAAAUUCGAACUCUAUAUCGCCAAGACCGAGUUAGGUCAGGCAGGAAAACUUGCAGAUUUUAUGGCCGACGUGUCGGAUGCUAGUUUUGAGGAAAAACUAAGGAUCUUGUCAUCAUUCGACGUGAAGAUUAGACUUCAGAGAGUAGUCGAGAUCUUGACUCGUCAGGCACAGCAUAUCAAGAGUAGUGUGAAGGUCACUACCCUCAGCACCACAUCUUUCCCAUCCAAUUCGGGGAUUGACAUUGGCAAGGUUGACCCUCGGGACCGGUUGUUGGCACGUCGUGCUAUGGCAGGUCUGUCAGGUCUCAUGCCGCCAGGACCCGCAGGCGCACGCGGUGGCAACAACGACCCUGAAGAGAAAGAACCAAAUGAGGUGGACGAACUACAACAGAAGCUGAAAGAUGCGCAACUCACCCCCGAGGCCCAGAAAAUUGCUGAUAAGGAGUUGAAUCGUCUUCGUAAGAUGAACCCCGCUAAUGCCGAAUAUGGGGUUUGCCGCACCUACCUAGAGAAUCUCUCAGAGAUUCCUUGGACCAAGGUGACCCAAGAUCAGCUCGGUGCAGAAACUUUGAAGCUAGCUCGGAAGCAGCUGGAUGAGGAUCAUUACGGAUUAGAGCGGAUCAAGAAGAGACUGCUUGAAUAUCUGGCUGUCCUCCGGCUGAAGCAGUCAACCAACAAGGAAAUGGAACGGGAGAUCAUCGGUAUGACCAAGGAUCUUGAGGUCGCUUCAUCAGGAGACCUAGAGAAGGAUGUACCGUUGCUGUCGGAAAGCGAUCGGGUUGCUAUCGAGGCCCGAUUGGAAACCUUGAAGUCGAAGCGCAUGACUGAUAAAUCUCCAAUCUUACUUCUUGUGGGACCUCCCGGCACUGGCAAGACUAGCCUCGCCCGGUCCGUAGCCGCUUCUCUUGGUCGCAAGUUCCACCGGAUCUCUCUUGGCGGUGUGCGUGACGAGGCUGAAAUCCGUGGUCACCGACGUACCUAUGUUGCGGCUAUGCCCGGUCUAGUCGUCAAUGGUCUAAAGAAGGUCGGUGUGGCCAACCCGGUGUUCCUCCUUGACGAAAUCGACAAGGUUGGCGGUGCAAACUUCCAGGGAGACCCAUCCGCCGCCAUGCUUGAAGUCUUGGACCCGGAGCAGAACAACUCAUUCACAGAUCAUUAUAUCAACAUUCCUAUUGAUCUUAGCAAGGUUCUGUUCAUUGCGACUGCCAACUCGUUAGAUACGAUCCCGGCACCUCUGUUGGACCGCAUGGAGACGAUCUCGCUUUCGGGAUACACGACCGUUGAGAAGAGGCAUAUCGCCAAGCGCCACCUGAUCCCCAAGCAGAUCCGAUCCAAUGGGCUGUCUGAUGGGCAGGUCCUCCUAUCUGACGAGGUCAUUGAUAAGACAGUCACCUCAUACACUCGUGAGUCAGGUGUCCGGAACCUGGAGCGCGAGCUUGGUUCAAUUUGUCGUCACAAGGCGGUUCAAUUCGCCGAUGCUGGUGACUCUGAGCGUCCUGAGGACUAUAAUCCAGUUGUCAGCGUGGAAGAUUUGGAAGAUAUCUUAGGUAUCGAGCGCUUUGAGGAGGAAAUUGCUGAGAAGCACGGUCGUCCUGGUGUGGUCACAGGCCUGGUUGCGUACUCUACAGGCGGCCAGGGAAGCAUUCUGUUUAUUGAGGUAGCAGACAUGCCUGGCAAUGGCCGCGUCCAACUGACCGGUAAGCUUGGUGAUGUUCUGAAGGAGUCCGUCGAGGUGGCUCUCACAUGGGUGAAAGCCCAUUCUUUUGAGCUAGGACUCACCCAUGACCCCAACGAGGAUGUCAUGAAGAGCCGUAGCCUGCAUGUCCACUGCCCGUCAGGCGCCAUACCCAAGGAUGGACCCUCGGCUGGUCUUGCCCACACUGUAGCACUGAUCUCUCUCUUCAGCAAUAAAGCUGUUCCCCCACAGAUCGCUAUGACUGGAGAGAUCUCCCUACGGGGCCGUGUGAUGCCUGUUGGUGGAAUCAAGGAGAAGCUCAUUGGUGCUCUGCGCUCAGGCGUCAAGACCGUACUGCUCCCCCAAGCCAAUCGCAAGGACGUCAAGGAGGUCCCUCAGGAGGUCCACGAUGGCCUGGAGAUUAUAUUUGUUCAACAUAUCUGGGAAGCGCUCGGAAAGAUUUGGCCAGACGCUCAUUGGCCUGGCCAACAGCAUGUCAAUAUGGUCGAGAGUCGACUAUAA